AUGGUAGUUGGCCUGCGCGGUAUCUGGUGGGUGCAGCGACAUGCUGGGUCCAAGCGCUCUGUUGAACGACUUUUAACAGCGCUGCUGCAAAAGGUCCGCCUGAUUCGACGCGCUGGAUUUCAAUCCACGAGGCCUUUGGUGAUUGAUUUACUGACUAGCAUGUGCAAGUGGAUCGAAAGAAAUUUCCUGGUAGAAGAGAACGGCGGUUGGAAAGAGUCGGGUACCGCAUUUGUAGAUGAACGUCAUUUGAACAAUUUGGUUUUCGAGGGUUAG